GCGCUCGCUCACUGGUCAGGCGGGAGCGCGCUCGGGUCCCAGUCAGUCAGUCAGAACCGACCCGAGUCUCGAGCGGAAUACUGACGGACAGAAACGAAUAUUAGGGGAAGCAAGUGGAUCAGGCUGUGGAGUUGCUGCUGACAUGGGGACGCCAGGAUCAGGACGAAAACGGGCCCCGGUUAAAGACCGUUUCUCAGCGGAGGAUGAGGCUCUGAGCAGCAUCGCCAGAGAGGCGGAGGCCAGGCUUGCUGCGAAGAGAGCUGCUCGAGCAGAGGCCCGGGAAAUUCGUAUGAAAGAACUGGAACGACAACAGAAAGAGCUUUCUUACCAUCAGCACUCCUCCUCUAGCAGGAAAUGGGGGCAAAUCCACCAAUGGAUGGCCGAUACAGAAAAGGCCCGUCAUGGUCAUCAUUCCAGUAGCCACAGUCGACGGGGAUUAAAUGAUGACACGGCAUCUGUCCGGAGUGUUGGAAGUUACAGGUCAAACUCAUCAUCUUUACGAGACUUGAGCAGUUCUCAUCGCUCUAGUCGGGUUAAUUCUUCCAGGAGAAGAGACGUUGUGUCUGGUGUCUCCGGUAGUUCCUCUUUGAAGAGCUCCCUCUCCACUAGCUCUGUAUAUAAUGAUCUUCACAAAAAAACUGUUGGCAGUAGCUCCAAAAAGGACCUUCUGACUGGACUGUAUCACGACCAAAGAAACUACACAAGCUUAAAGAACUCCAAACCUCCUCCUUCUACCGCCUCUACUUAUACACCACGGGCUUCAUCCAGCAGCAGCUCUGCAGGUCUGACGCGCAGCUAUAGUGUGGCCUCCAUAUGUGAUGAUGGUCUGUAUGGCUCAUAUAGUUCCAAAGCUCCCUCUGAAUGCAGCUGGUAUUCCUCUGGUGCCAGUUCUACCCGCAGUAGCCCCGUGUCAUCUUCUGAUGAUGAUUCAGCCAGUACUGUCUCCCAGAGUCGACGUGGGAGAAGGGAUAGUGUGCUAUCUGAUUUCUCUGAUAUCUCCGAAACGGCUGCUGAUUAUUUCAGCCGCUCUAAUCGCAGAGGCAGUGUUGUCUCUGAUCUUGAUGAUCUGAGCAUCCCAGACCUGGACUGUCUCGAUGAGAAAAGUGACAAGCAGUUUACAGACUACAGCCGGCCGUCCUCUCGAUGUGCUACACCGGCUCUCUCCGCUGCUGCUCUGGCAUCAUUAGGAGGCAGCUCUUCCAGAAGAGGCAGUGGAGAUGCCGGAAGUGUCAUAAUGGACUCAGAGGCCUCUAUUAGCGAAUUAAGGGACAUCUAUGAUCUAAAGGACCAGAUUCAGGAUGUAGAGGGCCGAUACAUGCAGGGUCUUAAAGAGCUGAAGGAAUCUCUGUCAGAAGUGGAGGAGAAGUACAAGAAGGCCAUGGUUUCCAAUGCCCAGUUAGACAAUGAAAAAGCAAACCUCAUUUACCAAGUGGACACGCUCAAAGAUGUCAUUGAGGAGAUGGAAGAGCAAAUGUCCGAGCUGCGCAGGGAAACGGAGGACAAAUCAAAGGAGUUAGAGCGACAGAAGCACACAUGUACAGUCCUACAGCACAAACAAGAGGAGCUGAAAGAGGGCAUCCGUCAGAGAGAUGAACUCAUCGAGGAGAACCAGAAAAAUCAGCAAAAGCUAGAUACCCUCACGAGAGAGGUGUUUGACCUCCAGGAAACUGUUAACUGGAAGGACAAAAAGAUUGGGGCCUUAGAGAGACAGAAAGAAUACUUUGAUUGCAUUAGGAUUGAGAGAGAUGAGCUCAGGGAUGAGCUGGCUGACCUCAAAGGGAAAAGCCGAAUGGGAGAGAAACACGGGCUGGUCAUCAUACCCGAGGACACACCAAACGGAGAUGUUAGUCAUGAGUCGCCUACGUCAGGCAUCACUGUUGUGACACAAGAGGCAGCGCAGGUGCUGGAGUCAGCGGGAGAUGGACCUUUGGAUGUAAGACUACGAAAGCUCGCAGAUGAAAAGGAUGAACUUUUGUCUCAGAUCAGAAAACUGAAGAUGCAGCUGGAGGAAGAAAGGCAAAAGCAUGCAAAGAUCGACAGUGUUUACACAGAAGGAGAGCGAAUGGAGAACGGCACUGACCUGCAUUUCAUCGAGAUGCAGAGGGACACCAAUAGACAGAUAAGUGAAUACAAAUUCAAGCUCUCAAAGGCUGAACAGGAAAUGGCAACGAUGGAACAAAAUGUAAACAGACUUGAAGGACAGGUGUCCAGAUAUAAGGCUUCAGCAGAUAAUGCAGAAAAGAUAGAAGAUGAACUGAAAGCUGAGAAGAGAAAACUUCAGAGGGAGCUGCGCACAGCACUAGACAAGAUCGAGGAAAUGGAAAUGACCAACAACCAUCUUGUAAAGCGCCUGGAGAAGAUGAAAGCCAACAGAAAUGCUCUUCUAUCGCAGCAGUGAAGAUGAACUCUCCAGCACUGCACAGUAGGACACCAAAAACAAAACCGCAGGCCCUUUACCUUGUUUUACACCCUACUAAAGCAACAUGGUCAGGGAAGGGAGCCACUAAACCUGAGAAUGUUCUUCUGUUGGUUUUGUUGUUUUUUUUUUU